GAAGAAGGAAAAUUCUCUCGCGAGAAGUCGCAGUCAUUUAAAGAUUUUCGUGAUUUCAAGUGGAAAACCCGUAGUUUAAGCAGAAAAAAUGCACUAAAUAUUAAUGUUAAACUAUUAAAAUAUUGACAAGUUUAGUGUGCUUUUGGAUACAAAUGACCGGUCAUUAAGUGAAUCAUCGGCUUGAAAAUUUUGAUUUAAUUAAAGAACAAAGUGGAAAAACAUUUUGAAAAGCAGAAUUGUUCUAUACUGUGCUGUGGACACGGAGUUCAAAGCCACACACAGAGCAGUUACCAGUGCUAAGACGGCACUAAAACUCAUAUUAUGGACGUGUAUCAACCUGGCUUAGAUAACGAUGAAAUAUGUUUAGCGUCGUCAUUUCACUCGAUAAAAGAAAAUAUAUUAAAACAACCAGCAGCACAAAAGGGUCGCAAGGCAAAAGCAAACGACCAUAUAAUCAGUAUGGUUGGCGCCGAGCUAAAAUCUGAAAUUCACGUUUUGGCGCCUUCCAAACAGCAAAGGGAAACUAUCGAUUUAAUAACAAAACGCAAAUGA